CUAGUUGCAAAUAAACACGAUCAGAGGGGCUUAGCUUAUUUUACUUGUUAUUUUAUACAAAAUUGAUAUUGUAGCCUGCAAGUUCUGUUUCCCAUAUUAUCAUAAUUUUAUUUUAAAAAUAUACUAAACCCGGUCUUCUUAGUCUUUCGUCAAAAUGACUAUGAGGCCAGAUGACCAUCGCAGAAAAUGGGACAAGGAAGAGUUCGAGAGACUCGCUGCAGAAAGGCUUCAGGAGGAAUUAGAUGAAGAGGAACGCUCAAAAAAGAAAGUUCCUCCAGUCAAACGAGAGCUCCUUAAACAACGUGAUUACAAAGUAGAUUUGGACUCAAAAUUGGGGAAGAGUGUAGUGAUAACCAAGAACACUCCUACAUCACAAUCCGGAGGCUACUACUGCAAUGUCUGUGACUGUGUUGUUAAAGACUCCAUCAACUUUCUUGAUCACAUCAAUGGCAAGAAACAUCAGAGGAAUCUUGGCAUGUCUAUGAAAAUUGAGAGGAGUUCUUUGGAUCAGGUAAAAGCCCGUUUUGCAAUGAACAAGCGUAAACUUGAAGAAAAGAAGCGGGAGUAUGAACUAGAUAGUAGACUACGAGAGGCAGCUGAAGAAGAAGCCAGGGUGAAGGAACUCCGUCGUGAGAGACGUCGAGACAAGAAGCGCAAACUCCAUGAGAUUGAGGAACCAGAAGACUCCCCUGCUCAGUCAGAACUCGCUCAGAUCAUGGGGUUCUCAGGAUUUGGAGCUUCUAAAAAAUAACACUACUGUAUUUUAAGAUUUUCAUAUUAGUUCAUAAAAUAUUUGACAUGGGUGGGUCUAUAUAAUAGAGGUUGACAUUGUUUUGUACAGAACCUUUUCAUCAAUGUCCACUGCCACAUAUAUAAAAAAAAAAUGUCUGAUAACCUAGAGCCUAGAUUACAUAAUAGACCUGCACCACACUCAUAUUUUAUCUACAGGUACUAAUAUAUCAUAACACUGCACAACAGCAUUUCUGAUGAUUGGGUUCCGAUACAUGAUAUAAAGUCAAUUUUUAAAGACAAUUUAAAAUCUGUGACUAAAAUUUCUCUAUCAGCUCUAGUUAAAAAAAUAUGGCAUAUGGGUCCUUUAACAAUAAAACACAAUAUUUUAAGGAUGAUCCUACUUUAUUUCGUAAUUAAUUUGAAAAAACUUUAAUUUUUUGGAUUUCCUUGCUGAAGAUGAAGCCAGAGAUGCGUUCUGGAUGCUCCAACAAUAGUCAGCCAUCAUGUGCGCGUUUCAGUAGCCUUGAUAGCGUUCCUCCAUCGUACGAAGGUCCUGGUGGCCCUGUUCUUCACUUAGAUCCCCAAGAUUGGCAGGAAAAUAGUCCAGGUGGUUGUGAAGAAAGUGUUACUUGAUGCUCAUGUUACAUCCAAGCCUUUGAAAGUUAGUCAUUAAUUGUUCAAUAUGUUGAGAGUAAUCUGAACUUUUCUUGUUUCCUAAAAAAUUUUGGACAACCCAAACAAACUCAUUUCAUGCGUUUUUCUCAUUUUCUGUCAUAAUAUCCGUAAAAUUUGAGUAAUUUAUUAAUGAUCUUAUCUAAGACCGAUCAAAAUUGCCUGGUUUUAUCUUCUCUGCACUCGAUUUCGCCUCAAAAUUCAUUGGCUCCUGUGGUGAAGCAUCAGCUUGAGGUUCAGGUGGCAUCUUAGGGCUCAAGAUACGUCUACACGCCGUCCGAAUACAUGGAUAUUCCCAUUUUUUAUGAUUUUUUCGGUUAAUGCCAGUUAUGUUCACCAAACAAAAAUAGCAGUCGUCCAAGUGGUUUACGGGUUUGUCCCAGAUUAUAGCACUUUCGUACCUAAAUCUGUUUCUUUUCUUAUUUGUCCACAAACGUAUAAACUCAACGCACGUUUUACAUACCUUUUGCGGAAUCCAACGCUUUUUUUUUUACCCCGCCGGCGUGGUCGACGACUUCCCUCAUUCAGCGCUUAUCGCUAUCGACCCACUAGGGUCGAUUAAUUCUUUCAAAUAUUUUUCCUCUCAGACGACGCCCUGAGCCGAGGUUCGCGCCCAACUGGGCACCCUCAGGCCUGUUGUCUUAAACGUUGUACCGGGUGAGAGCCUUCAGCGCUCCCCAUUUGUCCGGCCAAGUAGUUAAUGCCAUCUGCGGCAAAUCUACAAUAAGUCACGUCAAAAAAAAAAAAAAAAAAAAAAAACGCUUUUUUUUGAAUUCAUAGGGUGUCCAAAGUAAUUUUUCUAAGCCUCAUUAACGAACGCUGUCACAUUUAAACGGUAUUCUUUAAACAUAAUACUCUCCGCAAAUAAUGCAAAAAUGAUUUGGAUCAUUUAUACAUACUCGACUUGAUGAUGCCAUUUCAAAUUGUAUUAAAAUAUUAAUAUUUUUUUUAUUGUGUGCAAAUUAAGACUGAAACUUAGCGAAUUUUGAGUGAAUGCUAUAAAUCGUAAACAAGAGCUGUUACAAAAAAAAUGAGGGUAUAUUUAGAAUCAGCGACAUCAAAUUAACAAACAUCAUGCAUCAAAAGUCAAUCAUCAGGCAAAAAUUGCAAUUUUGUUGUCCAGUGUAACCCACUCUAGAUUGACUGACAUCAAAUCUAAAACCUUGUAUGCAUUUUUGAACCAUCCAUGUCAUGUUUAAUAAACUUAAGUUAAUAAUAAA